CUAUCUAUUACCACACGACGAGCACUAGUUAACAUCGGAACAAAUACAUACCUAAUCGUAAACAAAUCGUUUACCAACAAACUAAAGAAAUACCUACAACUAGAGUCCUAUAGCGACUUCACACUAGGACUGGUAACACUAUAUAAAAAGGCUAUACCUAAUUCUAUCGAACUAGUGCUAAGAGGCCACUUGCAUAUAGAUGGGGUCACAUUUAAAAAACAAUGGUUCAUCGUAUUACCCAAUCUCAAAAGGAACAUAAUCAUCAGAAGAACAUGGCUGGAAAGGAAUGAUAUCCUACCAAAUUAUCGGAAAAAUCACUUAAUGUAUCGAUCACAUAUAAUCCACUUACUGGGGCUAAAAGACAUAGAGGUUGGGCAGAUAAGGCUAAUCCAAGACCUAUCGUAUCAGAAGGACGUCAAGAAGCGUAAAAAGUUAAUAGACGAAGAAAAUAUAAAAAAGAAAACUGAGCGUCAUACAAAAAAGCUGCAAGCAGUACACGCUCGCAUCCAGCAGCUCGAAUCGAUACCCGAGGCGGCUAGAAAAGACAACGCAUUACCGGCGGACUAUAUGGACUAG